AGAUGCCUAAAUCGAUAUAUUGCUGUUCAAACUUUUUGCCCCUUCCCCAUACCUAUUCAUGUCAUUUGUAACGAUUUUUAUACACCUUAUAGAUCUGUGUUUGUUACUAUAUCAGCGAGGGGAGUCCAUUUUGGUGUAGGCCACCACCAAUGCUUCCGUGGUCAUGUGCUAGUAUUUCUUCCUUUUAAAAACUACCAAGUCAAUAUCUAACAGGAGACGAGAAGAAAACAAGACUGUUAUAAGACAAAAUGGAGAGUGAUUGUAUCUUGUUAAAUUGGCCCAUGUCAAAGUGCCAAGAAAUUAUUCCCUGCAUGCUGACUGCAUGUCCAUUGCUCGUUGCCUGUGUAUAUUAAUGUCAUCGAUGAUUUUGGACUUAUCUUAGCCUUGGUUACUCCUACUUUCAAGAUGACGUACGGAACCAAGAAUUACGGCGCCGUAGCGUCAGCCUACGGACCGCUUACUAGAAACAUGCCCAAAGUAAAGACAGCAACUGGACAGCAAGAAGGAGACAACCAGUGGAAGCAGAAGCAAAAAGUACUCCAUGGAUCUCUUCUUGAGUACACGAAGAGGAUGGACAAGAUCAAACAGGCUCGGAUGGCCAUUUCAAAGAGCAAGGAACAAGGUCGAUUGAGUUCGUUACCACAGCAACGACGGCACUUUAAAAUGGUCUUACCCGGUUUGGACCAACUGGAGCAUGACGCACUGUCUUUGACCAAUAAGUUCAUUAGCCAGGCUCAGUUCCAAUCAGCAUCCAGUGCCGCAGAUAAGUUAAUUGAACGUUCUAAGGAGACAUUGCCAUCAGAAGGCGUUAAGUCCAGUAUCUUCAGCAACGAGGUACAGGAGCGGUCAAAGGCAUCACCGAACUCGUUUAAACAGAACUGGAGAGUUCUGAAGGAUGUUAAGGUCAGGAACAUACCGGUCCUUAAAACAAAAGAUGGUGUUGUCUAUUCAACGGUUAGUCGCCCAGCUAAGAUCAAUCAACCUCAAACAGCAGAGACCUUUGAAGAUACAAGGACUACCAUCGUGAAACUGGACGAGCAAGGGAAUGCCAGUACAAAUGUGACCAAUGAAAAAUUCCGGAAGUAUCACCCUGGAAUUUUACCAAUGCCUGGUAUGAAAGGCCCUUACAAGUCCAAGGUUACCCUACAUGUUUCGUUGCCCCAGAUGGAGAGGGAAUUCGAAGGUGAAGCCGACGAGGAAAAUGACACCAACUCCUGCUCCAUCGACUUACCGAAUGAUUCGCAAUCGUCAAGCCGCGUUCAGACACCGAACCCUACAAAGACUGACACCGGACAGGACAUAUCAAGUGCUACUCUUCAAAAUAAAGAGAAAUUCGAAGCUGUUUUGAGCAACGAUCCAAAAGAUGAUGAAAACGGUGCAACACAUAACGUAAAAGAGAAGCCGGAAGAUGUCGCAAAAUCUUUAAAAGGAAGGGACACGCACAAUGAUCGUCCAAAUGAAAAAGACAAUUUCAAAAGACAUAUUAAAAAUGAGAAUGCUAAAAAUAUUUCUCCUGUUAAGAAAAUAUCGGUUUUGCCGCCGACAACGAAUUUACCGCGAGAGAAUAAGCAUGGCGAAAAGAACCAUUAUCCCUGCGCUGAUUGUCCUGUGUGCAAAGCUGAAAUGGAAAGUUCUGAAUCGAGUUCGUCUAUGCUCAAGAAAAAAGACAAGCCAUUGCCAAAUAUCAAGUCGUCAUCUGGCCAAGAUUCGAGCCGCGAGAAAAAUAAAGUUAAAAGAAGCUCUCUACAACAGAUAACCUUACCAGGCGGAGUGAUGAAAUUAGGGAAGGUGACAUAUCACAGGACGUAUAAGAUCAAUGUCAGACCAGUACCACCGCAUAUGAAGCAGAUGGUAGGUGGUGUCAGCAGUGAGCUGACGUUGCAUGAUUCCUUUGCAGAUGCUGUCAACGGCACCGAUGUUCUCAAAGAAGCCGAACGAACUCUCCGCUUUGAAAAGAACCGCAAGGAAAACCAAGAACGGAGGAAGAGAUUUACCAAUGAGACGAAACCCAUGCAACCGUUGUGCAGACACGGUCGUUUCGUGCAGGAGUGUUACACGUGUAGAGCUGUUGAAGAGAUCCGUCAAAGACUGAACAGCUCUUACAGCCGUAGCGAACAGCAGUACCAAUGGAACCUUCUGUCGAAACACGAACGGCACUUGACGCAGAAUGGCAGUAGGCCUAUGUCGAAUGUGAGACCACCCCUGCGAAAGAACGCUCCAUACAGGUUAUCCGCAAUCUCUAAAUCUACAGAUACUGUUCAUGCUGCAGAAGACAGUAAUGCACUCCCUGGUAAACCUGGUGGUAGGGUCAUCACUGAAAAGGAAGAAGGACGUGCCAAUCCUCAAGGUUUGCUGCCGAAACAAGCAGAGCGCAAUAUCGACGAGAAUUGUGACAAUGUAUCGAAUGAGAAUGAAGAAUUGGCGAACAAAAAGGUCCGAUUCGCAGAGGAAAGAAUAUAUGAUCCCAUGAGGGGGUCCUACAGACAGAGCAGUAAUUCGAACAAUGAACAGAUGCUUUUACCGCCCCUUAAAAACUGACAAGUUUUAUUGUCAUUUUGUGUUCGUUCAUGGAAUAAGGUGUUAACAAUAUUAAUGUAUUAUACAGUGGCGUAAUGAGGAAAAAAGAUUGAGGGCCAGAUAUGGUGUAUCGCGUACAAUUAAUAAAAACUUGCGAGCGAGUGAAGCGAUCGAGCAAAAAUUUCGACAUUUAUUACAAAAGUCCAAUUUGGAGAUAUAUUUUGACAUUAUAUUCAGAAAAUAUCAUCAUAUAUGUAUUUCACCCUUCUCUCUUUCCUUUUCUCAAUUUUUUUCUUGGUCAUGAAAAACAUUUGUGGGCAAGAACCCCCCCCCCCCAUCUGUAAGCCACUAUAAUGGACACCCUGUACUCUAUAUUAUAUUUUACGUGCUGUGCAGUUUCGAACGAGCCUCUUAUUCAUGUUAUAAUGUAAAUAUCGUGUUUACUGUACUAAGCAAUGCUUUUGUCUUUCAAUCAUUCUAUCAGCUGGGCUGAUUCAGGGAAAGAUGUUAGUAGUAACAUUCUAUCAGCUCCUGUAAACCAAUCUGGGGGCUCAUUGCGCAAAGUAACUACGCGCUUGAUCAGUGUCAUGCGAGUGAGCAAAACGAGCAAGUACACUUUACAAAUACAAAAUGCAAAAAAUAAUGGAAAAGGGCCGAGGAGUGACACCAUUUUCUUUUUCAUAAAAAACAUUGCCUUUCCCCGACGUUUUUAAAGGGUAUGUUAUCCAAGGAACAUGCGAACAUAAUUCUUCGUUUUCAACCCUAAAUUGCAUAAGCUCUAAUGUCAUAUGCUCAGUCGUAUUGUUCCCUCACGCGCUCCGUAGACUCCCGUGCCUAUUUAUGAUCAUGAACACGUUGAACGUAAUGAUAUUCUUGCUAUCUUGAAAAAAGAAAUUCUAGCCUUGUAACGUAAUUGUAAGACAUGAUUAAUAGCAAAUAUAUCUAUGUCCCUAUAUAUAUUUAUUUUUGUUUGCAUGCUCAUUGUGUUAAGCAUGUACCCAAUACGUUAUGUUUUAAGAAAAUAUGCAAUCAGUGACAAUGGCAUGUGGUACUAGAAACACCAUCAAUUUAUCAGUCAAGUACUAAUAAAUCCACCUUCGGGUC